CAAUAUUUUUCAUAUUCCCUACGCUACGUGUAAAUAAAGCAUCUUGUAUGCUGUUGCUAAAUAAUAACUGUCAUUUAUUACGAACCGGCUAAGACAUUUGCAAUUUUUUUCCUGUGUAAAAGUGAGAUUUAAUAAGAAAAUCAUGUUCGGCAUCAUUGAGAAAAUAAAGAAUCUGCCUGUCCACAUGGAUUUUGAUGGUCAACGAAAAGCUGAAAGAAUAUUCCAAACUAUUAUUCUCAUUUUUGCUGGAGUUGGACUUGUUGUUGGUUACAUCUUUCAGCAAUUUUCAUUCACAGUUUAUAUACUUGGUAUUGGCUUUCUUUUAUCUUGCAUUCUAACUCUUCCACCAUGGCCAAUGUAUCGCCAAAAACCACUUCAUUGGCAAAAACCCAGAGAAGAUACUGAUGUUGCUAAAGCUAAAAAGAAGAAAUAAAUCUUUUUAUUAGUUUUGA